AGCAGGACGAGAGGAGCAGUGGUCGCUUCGCUUCCUGCCCGUCGCCCUGUUGUUCCCCUCUCUCCCCUCCAACAUGGCCCCCCCACACCCUGAAGCCCACCGAGGAGCUCACCGUCAUGCGUGAUUGGGCUGAGGAGUGAAGCACAUUCCUGGAGGAGCCGAGGGUUGCUGUCUUAAGCUUAUGAGAAACCAUCCUGCUCACACCAUGCCCGUCAAGAUGGCUUCCACCUAUUCUUCCCCUCACUGGAAUGACUUGGGACAAGGAUGUGUGUUGCCAUGGUGAUCAUUUACAAGAAAACACUGGAAAAGAAGGGUGCCGACGAUGUAACAUCCAAAAGGACCAAUUUGGGCUCGUUCCAGGCACAGACCAUGAGCCAGGGGACUGCACUUUUCUCUUGUGGACUCAUGGAGACCAGUCGGUGGCAUGAGGUGGGUCAUAGCUGUGCUAUACAGCAGAGGCCAGUAGGAACCAGCCUGGAGAGCCUGUGGGACGUCCUGCCUGAGGUGCACAAGAGUUCAGCCCAGUGGGACUGGGAUGUCGGCUCCACUUCAAGCACAAUCACCAGCUUGCUGCAGGACCUUAGCCUGACUGAGGCCGCAGCGUCCCACUCGACAGCCCCUCCCAGCAAGCGGCAGUGCCGGUCCCUGUCCUGCUCAGACGAGCUCGGUGGUUGCCGCUCUACCUGGCGGCCUCAGGGAUCUCGUGUGUGGACGACAGUGGAGAAGAGGAGGUGCCACAGCGGCGGCAGCGUUCAGCGCAGCAUUGUCGGCAACGUGCAGCUCGGCUUCCCAGCCAUGCAGCGUAGCUCCAGCUUCAGCCUGCCGGCCCGCUGCAACACCCUGGAGCUGCCCUGCUUCUCCCAGCGUCUCCCCUGCCCCUCCGCUUUCACUGGUCUGACACCCUCCUCCUCCAUGCCCCUGUCCCCAGAGCCCCCAGUGCAGCCCCUCUACCUCUCUCAUGAACAGAUCUGCCUCCCCGAGCCCCGUGGACCCUCUCCACUCAGCUCCCCUGACUCCACUCCAGAGCUGGAGCGUCGUGGUGGACAGGGGGGUCUCCCUCGCAGUCGCUCCCAGCCCUGUGUCCUCAACGACAAGAAGAUCGGUGUGAAGCGCAGGAGACCAGCUGACACACACAAGCAGAGGCCUUCACUGGAUCUGGCAAAGAUGACCCAGAAACUUCGGAAUUUCCACAGCCUUAGCUGCCCCGGAAUCACAGGCGAAGACAGCUGCGAGUCCAGCCAGGCCCCCCCCACCCUCAUGCACAGCGCCGACAGCUCCCAGGCAAAUGGUUGUCAGCCCGAGACCAAAGAGGGUGAGACAACCGGGAACAUGCCGUCGGACCCCACGAUUGAGGAAGUGGAGUGGAACUCCACAGACUGCGGGGAUGUAACACCGGGAACGACCAACGGGAAGGACAAUGAGUCUCUGUGGGCGGGGCUGUGCAGCAUGAGGAAGGACAUGUACCAGCUCGGAGGCGAGCUCGACAUUGAGCAGAUUGAGAGGAACUGAGCUGCGCUGCCUUCCUCAUGGGGGGAGCUAAUUUAGGGGACUGAAAGUUUAUCACCAGAUGGGACAGUGAACAGUACUGAUAGUCUUAAGGACAACGCGAGUGGAAAAACUAAUGCAGAUCCAGCACUUGUCUUUUUUCUUAAGUAGAGAUUGAGCAGAAGCCUUUUGGGAUAAAGGCCUAUUUUUGGGGACUUUCUGUCGUCAGACGCCGCCCCCGC